CCGGGUGCGGGCGGGGGGCCCCCCGUCUCUCCUCUCUCUCACGCACAAACACGUCCUCAGCCUUGACUUCUCACGACGAUGUCUGGCUACGCUUGUCCAUUUGAACCUUUCCCCGACGAGGCCGGCAUCCACGGUGUCCAGUUCCCAGCAUACAGCAGCAGCAAGGAGGCCGAAGCAGCUACAGAACAGGCCUCGGCGUUGGCUCCUCCAGCACAGACAGAACUGAUGGAGGGUGUGGUCGUCGAUCCUUCGCCAUCAUCAUCACGACCACAACCACAACCACAACCGCCAGCACCAGCAAAUAACCCACUCUGCAACAGGAUCUUCUCCACGACAAAAACGUGUUUGACACUUUUCAUCAUAGGAUCCUCGCUCGCAGGCCUCGUCGUGGGCACCAUGGUCCCGCAAGAUCAAACGUCGCUUUCGCCCCAGCACUAUAAGUCCCUCGUCAGCACGCUUGCCGCGCCCGCGUUUGUUUGGCCAUGCCUCCCGCUGGAAACGACGGAAGAGAGAGGCGAGAUCGGGAGUGGAAGGCCUGCCAGCGCAUGGUUUUGGCGUUGGAAUGGACUUGGAUGGUUACAUUGUUCUAUGAGAUUUUCCUCACCAGAAGCUGCACGGCUUGAUGGCUCGAUGAUUGGUACCAUUCCUGAGGGUUGGAGGGAGGGUCAAGAGAAGAAAUGGUGGCACUGCAGUCACAUCAAGAUGUCAAGGUGCGGUAACUUCUUCGGCAGCGAGCGGCUCGACAGGCGCGGCUCGAGAGGCAUUUGUCUGCUUUUCUUUCAGGAUACAACCGGCCUCCAUUACAGCAGAAUAUCUACCUUAUCCUACCAUGCCCAGUAAUACUAAUAAUAAUGCUCCUGUACCCUC